AUUAAUUUUUUUUUAAUGUCCUUAGUGUUAUACACGUUCCCUCAAAUCGUUAUUAUUACUCAGCCAAUUUGGCCACGCGUUCUUGGCAUUUUUUUGUUCCUGAACGAAUCUUUGUUCCGUCACAAAACGUUAAUCGUGACCGAGUACUUUGUCGAUCAAGAAAAAUAUUAUUACUUAAUCAUGUUGCAUACGAUCAUAGCAAUUUGCAUAGGAAUGUUUGCAAUAGUAGCAACUGGAACGCUGCUUUUGGUGUUUCUUAAACAUGCCUGUGGAAUGUUUAGUAUCGCCAGUUAUCGCAUAGAACGAGCAAUUACAAACAAUAAGCGAGAAAAUGUUAAUCUAAAAGACCAGAAUACGAUUUUUAAGAGGAUGAUCUAUGCGGUAGACAUUCAUCGUAAAGCUAUGAAAUACUCCAGAUUUCUAAUAUCCAGCUUUGAGGGGACUUUCUUUCUUCUCAUUGUGUUAGGCGUGGUUAGCUUGAGUCUUAAUCUUUUUCGACUUGACAUUAUUUGCUUUUUGGUCUUUCAGCUUGCAUCAUCCAGAGGCAAUAAAGAGGAACUUUUAUUUCGUUUCGUAUGUGUAAUUGUCAUUCUUAUAUAUAUGUUUUUUUCCAACGAAAUCGGACAGGAAAUUACAGAUCACAAUGAUCAAGUAUAUUUAACUGCAUACAAAGUGAUGUGGUAUGCAGCGCCCUUACAUGUGCAGAAACUAAUAUUGUUUCUGAUACAAAGAGGUAACAAAACUUUCGGGUUGCAUGUGGGUGGAUUAUUUACCUCAUCUUUACAGUGUUUUGCAACGUUGGCGAGUACAUCAGUAUCUUAUUUUACCGUAAUGUAUUCGACGCAACAGUGACGUAAAUACAUCAUUUAAUAGUACAUCGAAAUGUAGUAAGUGAGCGUGACAAGUUCUCUUCGUUAUAUUGUUAUUGGAAACUUUUAAUUCAUUCUGUAUAUUAUCUUUUUUAUAGUUCUUUUUAGUCGGUAGCAUAUAAUUUAUCAGGCA